GCUAUCAUAAUGGCUGCGUACACUGUAAACACACUGACAUGUGCGGAAAACAUGCCGACUGAAGACCAUUCGAAUACACAAGAUAACCUCAGAAAAUUUGGCCAGAAUAAAAAAUCAUCAAAACAAUUGCUUUAUAGCGAAAAAUUUGACGGUUGUCUUGAAGAAAAGCUGCGGGUCACCGGCAAAAAUGCACAAAAUCCCUGCCUGUUGACAUACAGAUCACAACCAAGCUCAGUGCUCAGUCAAGUUCGAGACUUUCUGCCCAAGCUUGCCUUGGCUAAUGAGCAGUUGCAGAACAUUUCUCCGGAAGAAGCAGACAUUGAAAAUGUGGACGGACAUGAAGGGCCUCUCAUAGAAAUGAGCUUGGCUUUGAUGCCUGGGAUGGACAGUGACACAGAAAGCGACACAGAAAGUGACAGUACUGAUGAUCUAAGCAGUGCUUCUGAGGAUGCUGAUGAUACAGAUCUGAAUACGAAACCCGGCAAAAAACAGAGGGCAUGCAUUGAGGAACUACCGAACAGGGACUUUGGAAAAAAUACAGAUGACAGAGAGAGUGUGCCCAAUGUGGAAUCAGAAAAAAAAUGAGGUCAUUUUGUGACAAAAUGUGUGGAAGGAAAGCAGUGGAUCAAGUAGGGAAUGAAAUGUGCAAAAACAGUUAUCAGUGCUUCAAGAGACUGGUGAUUCUUCAUGAGAAUUGGGUUAUAAGCUCUGUGAUCCUUGUUGUUUUCAUGUGUAAAUGAGUUUGAUUACCUUGAAUAAAAAGUUUUUAUGUUCUCA